CUGCUUCGGCUUCGGCUUCUACCUAAUCGCCGCCACGACGCUAUAAAAGACUGGUCUGGUCCAUCCCAAUCCACCUGCCUGCCUCCGACUCCGACUCAUUAUUAACAGUAAUUCCCUGCUGACGGCUUCCCCCAGGGAGCGCAGCAGCAGAGGAGGAGGAGGAAGAUGAUGGAGGUGGAGAAGCCGUGGGAGGGCGUGCAGCCGCCCCAGGCCAUGGGCGAAGAAGAGGACUCCGCCGCCGCUUCCGGGGGCCUCCAGACAAGGGAGAUGAAGAAGAAGAAGAUGGCUGCCUCUGGCGACGGCGACAACGGAGGCGAGGUGGUCAUGGACGACCUCCUCAAGGCGGUGGCGGCGGCGGCGGCGGCCACAACAGAGGAGGAGGACAAGAGCGUCUUCUUCGAUCCAUCCAAAGGUCUAUGGAAGUGCCGGCACUGCGAUUGGACGCACCGCUUGAGUGGUCCAUGCACAGAUUAUAUCCUCAACCAUCAAGGAUAUUGCCAAAUUACGAGGAAUAUUGAAUCUUUAGUUCAGAGUGAACCAUUUUACUAUUCGCCAAACAAAGAAGGUGCUGAAGAAGAUGAAGUUACGGAAGUGGUGGAAGUUGGCGGCCAAAAGGAAAACUCAAAAGAAACUUCAAUUGCAGAAGGCAAAGAGACUGAGAAAGAGGAAAACGUCAAUGAUCAAGAAACUAACCACAGUUCAAGCAAUGGCAAGUUGGAAACUAAGGAAAAUGGAUCCCACUCUAAUGGUGUGCACGAAAUCUCCAGCGGCACUGAAACUGUGUCUGUUGCAGCUGAAGAAACGCAGCCGCUCAAAGUGAUAGCAACCAUUAGCGAGAGAAAAAACAUCUUGACAAACUGGAACGGUGCUCUUGACAUUUCCAGUGGCAGCACGAGUAGAACUGAAGUUCAUGAAAUUGAAGUUGAGAAGGAUGAAAAUGCCACCAAGGGUAAAGUGCACAUCGAAGAGUACGAUCUCGAGAAAAUCCUUGAUGAACAAGAGACUCAUGACCUCUACUGUCCGAACUGCAAAUCAUGCAUAACCCGAAGGGUGAUCCUUAAAAAGAGGAAGAGAACAGCAAGACAAGCAAAACGUGAUGAACCACCAAAAAAACCACAGCUUGAAGAGCCUUCUGCCAAUGUUCCAAACCAAACUCCCACUGAAAGCCAUGACCAAGAGUCACCUAAAGUAUUUAGAUGUUUAUCAUGCUUCGCUUUCUUCAUUCCAACAGGUUGUGGUUUUAAUAUAUUCCGUAUAUUUGAAAGGAGUAAUGCAAAUCAACAAGUUCAGGUUCAACAUUCUGCUUCACAAGAGACGUCUGAACAUUGUGGAAGUUGGCUUCUUUCUUGUUUCCAGACAGUAGAUAGUCCAAAGCAAUCAACUGAUGCAGAUUCAUUGAAGGAGCCACUAUUAAGUGGCUCACAGAGUAACAAUGAUAAAGCUCCAGUUGAAGACAGCGCAUCAUCUUCUCAUAAUCAAGCCACGGUUGGGGAAGCAGAACAAUUGAACCAACCAUUACUAGCUGGAUCCUCUUCCAAAGUCCAAACUACCACUGGAAACAAUGGAGAAGAAAGUAAACAACCGUUCAGUGAAUGCCAUGGAUCUGCAUCUUCAUCCGUAGCUGUCCACACAUCAUCAUCAUCAUCUUCACAGAGCCAGACAGGAAUAUUAACACAGACAGAAGGACAUGUGGUAAUUGUGCAGCAAGAUGAAGCACAGCAAGAACAAAUUUCUCCCUCAAAGCCUGCUGGUGAUAUUCAAGGAAACACAACAGGAGCCUCUGGGGACAACUUAUUUAUCAACCAUAUCAACCAACCAUUGUUUAAUCCUGAACUUAAAUUGCCAACAAAAAUUUUGCCAGGAGCCGACAACCAGACGGGUGGGAAACCAACUCCAGUUAUUCCUCAAUCAGGUCAGUCACCUCAUUCAGUAGUGACAGUCCCUGAGGCUACUGAAUCGGAGCCACCAGUUUGUCCUGCACCAUCAGUUCAAAGGGAUGAAUGGGACAUACUGAAAGCCAUAGUGUAUGGUGGCCUUGUUGAAUCAAUCAUGAGUCUCUCAGUUGUAUCAGCAGCAGCAGCAAGUGGUGCCAAGACUCUGGAUAUAUUCAUCUUGGGCAUGGCAAACCUUAUUGGAGGGCUUCCUUUAAUUUACCACAAUAUUGCUGACCUGCGAAACACAGGAGAUGUGGCGGAAAGAAGUGAGCAAGUGGGGCACUACUGGUUGGAGCUUGGAAGGCGAUCAAAUUAUUGGCUUCACAUGGUGAUAGCCAUACUAUCAUACAUCCUCUUUGGGCUGCUACCACCAGUCAUCUACGGACUGUCAUUCAGGACGAGCGACAACAGGGAGAACAAGAUGAUGGUGGUCGCUGCUGCAUCUCUGUUGUGCAUUGCGCUGCUUGCAAUCGGGAAGGCACAUGUCAAGUCAAGGACAUACAUCACAACCCUCCUCUACUACGUGUCCAUCGGAUUCAGCUGUUCUGGUCUGUCGUACAUCGCAGGCGUGCUCAUCACAAGGCUCCUGGCACACUUCGGUCUCAUCGAUCAUGGUGGUGCAUCAGCUCCUGCUCCUCCAAGUCUGUUAUUUCCUCAAGCAAUGGGUGCAGACGCAGCCGCCUGGGCUUCGUACUGAGCCUAGACUGGAGUUUCUUUGUUUUGAUGGUCUAGGAGAUUAUCUCGGCACACAUCUGCAUCUUUGAUUCACUGAGUUCUAAUGCUUUUAAUUAGCAGCACUCGGCCACUGUAUAAUCUUUAUCACUGAGCUUUAUCUGUACCGAAAUCUUGUUAUCCUACUUUUAACAGGAACAUAUUGUCAGUUACAAUCUCCUUUUGUCACAUCA